AAAACCUGAUAAAAAUGAAAACUAGGUUCAGAGGUUGUUGUGGCACCUUUUGUAGAAAUUAAACACAUACCUCAACAUGUUGGGGGCAUUGUAUAGGGGUGGCGGCGUCGUUUUAAAGAACUCCUUCAGGACUGUGCCCAGGCUGUGGGGGACUCCCACCCAGCAACGAUGGGCCUCCCGUUUACCCAUGAACACUGUGGUCCUGUUUGUGCCGCAGCAGGAAGCCUGGGUGAUCGAGAGGAUGGGUCGCUUUCACCGGAUCUUAGAGCCGGGACUGAACCUCCUCAUUCCCGUACUUGACAGAAUUCGUUAUGUGCAGAGCCUUAAAGAGAUUGUAAUCGACGUUCCUGAACAGUCAGCUGUAUCACUAGAUAACGUAACGCUGCAAAUUGAUGGAGUCCUUUAUUUAAGAAUACUGGAUCCUUUUAAGGCUAGUUACGGUGUGGAGGAUCCUGAGUAUGCUGUGACUCAGCUCGCACAAACCACAAUGCGUUCAGAACUGGGCAAACUGACGCUGGAUAAAGUGUUCAGGGAAAGGGAGUCUCUUAAUUCCAACAUCGUCCACUCCAUCAAUCAGGCGUCAGAUGAGUGGGGCAUCCGCUGCCUGCGCUACGAAAUCAAAGACAUACAGGUUCCACCUCGGGUUAAAGAGUCGAUGCAGAUGCAGGUGGAGGCCGAGCGUAAGAAGAGAGCAACAGUGCUGGAGUCUGAGGGGACACGCGAAUCGGCCAUCAACAUCGCAGAGGGUUACAAACAAGCGCAGAUCCUUGCUUCGGAGGGCGAGAAAGCAGAGAAGAUAAACAAAGCAGCUGGUGAGGCCCAAGCUAUUUUGGCCAAAGCAGAAGCCAAAGCCAAAGCCAUAUGUGUGCUGUCACAGGCUCUGACCGAACAGAAUGGGGGUGCUGCAGCCUCUUUGAGUGUUGCCGAACAGUACGUCUCUGCUUUCUCCAACCUCGCCAAAGAGUCCAACACUAUCCUCCUGCCCUCCAACUCCGGUGACAUCAGCGGAAUGGUCACACAGGCCAUGACCAUUUACAACACAUUGGCCAAACCAGUGCCACAAAUUGAGCAUAUAAAGACCAAGAUGGAGGAACCUGGGGAAGAGCCUCCGGUCCAGUCAACAUCAGCUCAAUAGCAGAGGAUGUCAUUACAGCUCUAAACUGCAGCAUACACUGAAAAUAGAGGAAGCAGUUUUCCAUAAUUAUGGAGUACAAUGACAUUGCUGUGUGAGUUCUGUAAGCGUCUGGUGCACAGGGCGCUCUAUCUACUGCAGGGCACAGAUGUCGAGGCAGAGGAACGCCACUUGAUAAACGGAUAAGCUGAGCAAGGAUGUGCUGGGGGAGAAAGGAGAAAAACUGAACACUAAAUUAUAUUACUCAUGUCUGUCAGGUGUUGGAUUUCAACUAAAUCAACUGUGAAUACCGCAAAUUGUAUCUGUGAUAAGGGACUCUUUGCUCUGCUAGUAUCUAUAGCUUCUUAAUAAGCCUUAAAAGUUCUUCAGUGGACCUUUGGUGGCUUUGACAUUGAUUACAGUAAGUGUUUUGAGUCAAAUGUCAGUCUAGCUAUUCAUGGUUGGAUGUAAUAUAAUUUCACAAAUGGUUGUUUUCUUUAUUUUUUUUUUACAUGGGCAUUCAUUUAAUCUUAUUGUUGAGGAAGAUGUAAACUUAAAAGCACUUGGGUAAUAAAACUGCCUCAUGAGAAGCUGCAGUUUUGGGAAGAUGUAGCUUACAAAUGUAUCUUGGUGUUGGAUGUUGGGGGUCACCUCUAUAGCCACUAAGAAAAAUAAAGCAAAAUUAAAGUUUAUAAA